CUCUGUGUGUUAGCAAUGUUUAUUGUUCACAUCCUAUUAGUUCAAGUAGAGUAUUAUUUUAUUGUAUCCAAUAAUUCUUGGAGGAUAGAGCUGCUAUAGUGUAUACAUUUUUGCAGGAGAACUAUCAGUAUACUUGUGUGCCAAAGACUACUGAUAUUAUUUAAGGACAAAAACGGCGUUAAAAUUAAAGAUCGUGUAGAAAUGGCUCGUGAAUACGAUCAUUUAUUCAAGCUGCUGAUAAUUGGCGAUAGUGGUAUGUGAUCAUAAACUAAAAGUCCGCUAUAUAGAUACGAACAAUUGCGGGUCCAAUCACGAUUCGUUCAUAUGGAACAGUAGUCCUCUAAUUGGAAUGUUAAAUGAAAUGCACCAGAACGGCGAACAUAACACCUGGCUUUUAGGUGUGGGUAAAUCUUCGCUUUUGAUUCGAUUUUCAGACAAUACAUUUUCUGGAAGUUACAUCACUACGAUCGGCGUGGAUUUUAAAAUACGAACUGUGGUAAUCAACGAAGAACGCGUAAAACUACAAAUAUGGGAUACUGCUGGACAAGAACGGUUUAGAACCAUAACGAAUACUUAUUAUCGAGGAACACAUGGCGUUAUAGUCGUAUAUGAUGUCACCAAUGGAGAAUCGUUCGCCAACGUAAAGAGAUGGUUGCAAGAGAUUGAGUCCAAUUGUGAUGUAGUUAAUAAAGUUCUAGUCGGAAAUAAAAAUGACGAUCCCAACCGGAAAGUGGUUAUCUUCGAAGAUGCUCAACGUUUUGCUAAUCAAAUGGAUAUCCAACUAUUUGAAACAUCAGCCAAAGACAACAUAAAUGUGGAAGAAAUGUUUUUGGCUAUCACCGAGCAAGUAUUAAGGCAUAAAAAACAAACGCAAAGACAGGUUCAAUCGGAUCAAAAUAACGAUACUGUGCAUUUACGCAAAGGUGGCAACAUUAAGAAAAAAAACAAAUGCUGCUAGUAGCUAUUGGCAGUAUUUGAAUAUUUUUUUAUAAGAGAUGAAGUGCUUACAAUUAGUGUUCUAUUAAUGUAGGUACAUUAUAUUAAUUUUGUAAUUAAUGCAAUAAAAACACUAGAACUGUAAGCAAUAGGGAUCAAUUUUGAAAUAUAACAAUUCGUUUUCAAAUA